AUGGCUAGUCAUCUGUCGUAUUGUGAAAAGAAUGUUAAAUACAAGCAAGACAUAAGAAAGAACUUUUCAUAUUUAUGUAAGGAAAUUUCACUGGCGAAUAUUCUACCACAUCUUCAUGAAACAUUACAUCUUUCUGAUUAUGAACGGUUACACAGAAGGCUCCGAAAUGAUUCAGAUUGGUAUUGCAACCAAGAUUUACUAACUUGUUUGCAGAAGCGAGAAUAUUGGUGGCGAGCUUUCCAUUGCACGUUAGUUAGCAUCGAUCGUUGCGAUAUUAUUAAACAAUUAGGAUGGGAUGAUAAUACAUUUGAUUUUGGCCCUGGACAUGAAAAUACAGCAGUUGGUCAGAAUUCAGGUGAGUCUUAUAAUCCACCUGAAAAUACUGAAAAACCAAGUAGGAAGGUACAAACAGUGGAGGAAUUUACACAGCAAAAGUUGGACGUGUAUAAAAAACAAAAUAACUUGGCUAAUCAAGCAAGAUAUGAGAACGAUCAACAAGGCCAAAGAGAUGCGAACCAAAAUUUAUUAUUGGAAAACUUGGAACAGAAAAAACAUAGUACUGAUUUCAAGAUGGUUUUGACCGAUAAAAAUGAUUUAGGAAAAGUUCCAGAAUCCCAAAUCCAUCCAGCAGUGCGAAGAAAUCUUCCAUUGAAUUUAAUGAAUCCAGAUCAAAAUGAAAAAUUGUCAAAUUUUAUUGCGUCUGCUAAGCCUUGUUCAAACACAGAAAAAACUCCAAGAGAUGAAGUUGAUGCAAAUUUGAACUCUGCAUCAAAUAGUCCUCAGAGUUUCGAAAAAAUAUCAAACUCUCAAAGUUUUCAAAGUUUAUCUCGCCCUCCAAAAAAAGAUCAUAGCUUAAGUGCUCCACUGAUUUGCACCGAUCUAGGUGCAGCUGCUUUCCUGCCAAAUGAUUGGCCAGAAAAGCAGACACCGAUUCAAGAGCCGAUACAUAAUGUGUCAACGUCUGCCAUCCAUCACAGUCUGAGUGCUCCAAUUAUGAAUCAGACUCCAUUUCAUGAAAGGCAAAAGCAUAACUCUGCAAAUACAAACCAAGAAGUAUUAAGUUUCAAAAAAGAAGAUGGCAAUGAUUUUGAAUCUUCGCAGUCAGCAGAACUAUCUACCAUAUUAGUUCGACCAACGUCAGAUCCCUGUUUGAACUUUGACCCUAGCGAUGGUCGCUCUAAUGCAGAAAGACAGGAAGUUGACCUAAGAGAGCAAAAUUUAAUGUUGUAUGAUAGCUUAAAAAAUGGAAACAGAUCCAAUCCAAAUCCUGAGUCAAGCAGAUCUGAAAAUUUUGAAGAUGUUGUUAAUGAUGGUGUAACUUCUGCUACAGCUAUUCAAGAAAUUGCUCCUCAGAGCUCAGCAUGUCCAUCAAAUAUGUCUUCCUUGACAACUGAUGAUGUCAUAAAGCCAUCUAUUGCAUCUACAGUUGACCCACAAGGAGUCUCAAGGAGGAAUAUUGUAAAAGAUGAAAAGACCCUUAGACACAAAUCUCCAAAUUUAAAUAGAGAACAAGACAGCUAUGUCACUAAUCUCCAUAGUUACGGCAGUGAUGUCACUUCCUCAGUUCAAUCUGCAGAUGGUCAAAGUUCAGCCCUAAGUGAAGAAGUCUUAGAUCGUGAUCAAACUAAUGUGAAAAAUUUGGACAGUAUCACCAGGGUAGAUGCUUUUGACAAUUGCAAUCUUGACCCUUCCAGUAUUCAAUCAGACGGCAGUGACCUUGACCCUUCUAGUGUUGGAUAUCCAGAAGCUAUGAGAUUAGAUGUUGCUGCAGAAGUUUCUGGAUCAGUGCCAUCUGGUCCUAGCGCAGCAGGUGAUAUUACGACAGCUCCACCUAUCGUUGAGGAUCUUCACCGUAGCAACUCUACUUUAGCUCAAAAUUCUUCUUCAGAUCAAAGUCAUGAAGACAAUAUGCCAAAAUUUGAUUCACUUCUGAGUGGAAGUCAUCAGUCUCUGCCAAGGACGACUAACCCGAAUCUAGCAUUGAGUGAUCUCCCUCAAAAUGCUCAAAAUGGAAAUGUUCCAGAACUCUGCGAACUAUUAAGUGAGGGUUCCUCUGUUGACCCUGCUGAUUAUUCUGAGAAUGGCGCCUCUCCUAUGUCUGUAGCUUUUCCCCCAUCUUCUGGCCAAUUGGCCAGAAUGGAAAAAGAAGAUCUUGAUCAAAGCCGAGACCAAGAGGAUGCAGGUAACGCAAAUUCAGCAAGUCAUGAGACUGCCCUCAAUGACGGUCCUCCAUCUUUUUUUCAAGGAGUUUUGAAUUCUAUUGGUCAUCUUGUUGAUGGUGUUGGUGAAAAACUGUUUCCUUCGUUGGAGUGCUCUGAGUGA